AACCGUAAAAAACCUUUUGUCGUACAUAUUUUCGUUCAUUCGCAGGUAAACAGGCUGGCAGAUCUGAGUCUUUGCAACGAACGUAUAAAAGCCUGCGUCACGACUAUGCAUGUGAACACCCACUGGUUCAAUUUGCUAACAAACAUUCACUGCGGGAGCAUCCUUGCCUUACAUGGCUUUCUCAGAUGACUCUUAAGUUGCCCAGAGCAGACAUGAUAGCGGAUCCGGAAGUGACGCAACUCCUGACCAACAUUGCUCGGGUCAUCGGGGCCAGGAGGGCGAUAGAAGUCGGUGUGUUCACGGGAUACACCUGUCUUGCCCUCGCCCUGGCUUUACCCGAGGACGGGAAAGUCGUGGCCUGUGAUGUUGAUGACACCAACGUCAACUUGGGCAGGCCAUAUUGGACGGAGGCAGGAGUGGAGCACAAAAUAGAUGUCAGGAUACAACCCGCUCUGCAGACACUGGAUGACCUUAUAUCUGCCGGUGAAGAGGAAACCUAUGACGUAGUGUUCAUAGACGCGGACAAGAUGAACUAUGACCUUUAUUACGAGCGGGCGCUGGUCAUACUGCGUCCCGGAGGUCUGAUCGCUUUGGAUAACAUGUUAUGGGGUGGAAAGGUGUUACAACCCGAAGACACCUGGGACGAGACAACUCGGACCAUCUCAGACCUGAACAAGAAGAUCCACAAGGACCCGCGUGUUGACGUCAGCAUGCUUACCGUCUCAGACGGGCUGACCUUGGCUUUCAAGCGAUGACCUUGAAGUGGACUCACUUUCUCUGGCCGAUAGUCUGACCUUUGACUUUGAACCAGCUCAGACAAGAACAAGAAAUAGUCAUGCAUACAAG